AACCUUGCCUUUGCCGCGGACAAAAGGCGUGUGCGGCGGCCCCGCUCCCGCAAAAGGCUUGUGCCAACCUUCCUCCAGGAAAGCGCGUGGGUGGACGAGUACCGCGGCGUGAACGCCACGGUGGCGCAGGGAGAGAGAAGGGUCCCCAACGGCGUGACGUUCAGAGGCGCCGGAGCGGGGGCGGAGUGGCCUGUGGGGCAGCAGGGAAAGCAACAGCUGUACGGCUUCGCCAGAAACAAGUUCACGCUCGCGGCGACGGUGGCCAUCCACGCGGUGCCGGGGGCGGACGGCCCCCCCUUCCCGCCGAUGGGCGCGAGGAUGAGUAACGCAAACGGCACUGUGCUCUUUGGCCUGUCGUACACGAGCGACAAGAAGUGGGCGCUGACGGUGAACGGCAAGGGCCGGGAGGCGGCAGGCGGUGCGUGGGAGAAGGACAAGACGUACCAGGUGGCGCUGCGAAUGCGUGACCUCGGCAAUUGGCGUGUGGACGUCGACGGGGAAAAGAUUUUCGAAAGGAACUCUGAAGGCCCUCUGUUGAAGAGGGGCACGAUGUCGCACUUCUACGUUGGCGGGGACGGCGCGAAGGCUGCAGCGGACGGCCACCGCGUGACGGUGAGCAACGUCCUGCUGUACAACCGCCCGCUGGAGGAGGGCGAUGUCAGGGCACUCGCAGCCGGCAAGGUCGCCAUCCCGCCGCCGGAUGCCAGCAGCUCGCCCACGACGCAGGCGGGAGGUGGGAGUGCUGACGGUGCAGCGUCCGCCGCCAGCGUCGCUAAUGCCGCGAGCACCGCUGGCCCGAGGCCGCGGAGCUCAAUGAGCGACGCCGCUGUGCAUUGGCGUGUGCCGCAGGUGCUGCUGCUGCUGUGUUGCUGGAGCUGUGCGGCGUUGCGGCUCUUUGCAGAAUGUGAGUCGGUGCGGGUCUGCCGCACCCGUCGCAGCACGCCCGCUGCUUGGUUUCCAAUUAAUUUGCUAUCCGAGGAGGCCUCAAUCAUUUUUUUUCUUCCUUUUUUCUCCCCUUGUUCUCUUGCUUCUAUGUUACUCUUGAUGUUGUGCUGGUAG